UAGCUUUUUGUCUAUAAACACACAGACCAGCCUCGUACUUUGCAGCCACACGUCGUCAUGAGAGAGUUUAAGAGCAAGGCUUUCUGGAGGGCCGUCCUGGCCGAACUGGUGGGCAUGACACUCUUCAUCUUCCUCAGCAUCGCGGCGGCCAUCGGCAAACCAACCGACCCGGGUCAGGAGGUCAAGGUGUCGCUGGCCUUCGGGCUGGCCAUUGCCACGCUGGCGCAGAGCCUGGGCCACAUCAGCGGCGCUCACCUCAACCCGGCCGUCACGCUGGGCAUGCUCGCCAGCUGCCAGAUCAGCGUGUUCCGGGCCAUCAUGUACAUCGUGGCGCAGAUGAUGGGCUCGGCACUCGCCAGUGUCAUUCUGUACGGUGCACGGCCCGCCGACACAAAUGCCCUCGGCCUCAAUGCGCUUAGCAAGGACCUCACCCCCAGUCAGGGUGUGGGCAUCGAGCUCCUGGCAACUUUCCAGCUGGUGCUGUGUGUCAUCGCCGUGACUGAUAAAAGACGACGCGACGUCACCGGCUCAGCGCCGUUGGCCAUUGGUCUCUCCGUAUGCCUGGGACACUUGGCGGCAAUCAGCUUCACGGGCUGCGGCAUCAACCCAGCACGUACCUUUGGUCCAGCUUUGGUUAUGAAUGACUUCGCUAACCACUGGGUGUACUGGGUGGGCCCCAUGUGCGGCGGCGUGGCGGCUGCGCUUGUUUACGACUUCCUCCUAUCGCCCAAGUUUGAUGACUUCCCCGAACGCAUGAGGGUGCUGGUCAGCGGCCCCAUGAACGACUACGACAUCAGUGGCGGCAACGAUGCCUCCACUGUAGAAAUGUCCAGCAAAUAGUUGGCCGAGCACACUGCUUGUCUUGCGUGUCAAUAAGCUCUUGUAAAAAGAAAAGGAAGAAAGCUGUUUGUUUUAGCUUAAUUCUAUCUGGAAGCUGCGAGGGUCUUUUGUAGCUCACGAACACGUAAACACACAUUCCGCAGUUUCAAGGUUGCAGCAAAUGUAUCAGCCUGUGUUGAAAUGUUCAUAAUCAGUACAGUAUUCUAUGCGCUGUGUCAUUAUUUUUGUAUAAAUGUGCUUAUAUCACUUUUGUCUCUAUUGUAUUACACUUUUUUUUAAGAAAAAAUAAAACACUUGAUUCACUUGAA